AGCUCCGCCCAUUUUUCAACGGGUGGGACUUCCUGUUUUGAGUAGCACUUCCGGUAACUCAGUCAUGGCGGUGUUUACAACUGAGAAAGUGAUGUGGGAAGAAACGGAAACCUCUUUAAAAAACAGAAAUGGAUCAAGUCUGCCUCAUCCGCGACUUAUUACAGAGUGGGAGGAUGACAUGAAAAAGUGGCCACAAGUCAUGUAUGGCGAUAUUUUUAACUAUUUCGUGUUGUCUCUUGGCGUUGAUUGCUCGGCUAUGAGGAAUUAUAAGAGCACUGAAGCCUAUCAAUAUUUGCACAGUGGUAAAGUCGGCGCUCUUCUGUUACAUCAAGAACGGGAAUAUACGUUUCUUAAAGCUCAUGUCAGCCCGAGUCAGGCUAGUACCUCCUCACACAUGGUGGGUGUUGGUGACAGCUGAUGAAGCGGUGGAGACCACGGGAUGCUCCUGUAUCGCUGGGUUGGGACGGUCCUGCAGUCACACUGCUGCGAUAUUAUGGAAGAAACUGGGAGUUCUGGUUGACGGUUUGUGUGUCGAAGCUGUGAAGAAAAUCCUGAAAGUGUUUGAGCAGCAGCAGGAGACUGAUGGAGGUCUGAAGCAUCCAUCUGAUGACAGCGAAGCAUUAAUCUGCACUCAGACAGCAGGUGAAAAUAAAAGCCGUUCUGAUGUGACGCUGCAUGGUGGUCGCUCCUCCUCCUCUCCGGCUGAUGACCAUGAGUACGCCUGCCACCAUUGCCGCCUCCUGGUGCCUCCUUGGCAGCAGAGCGUGGAGUCAGGAGCAGCCUCGCAGCUGGAGGAGGAAGGAUGGCGUUGCACCGGCUGCAGAGGCUCCACUGCAGUGCUUGCAGUGCGGCAUGCUGUUUCCAGAACACCGAGGGGUUCACCAACCAUUACGAAGAAGUCUCACCGGUGUGCUCGGUAUGCGGAUCGAUGUUCACCGGCAUCCUGAGCUACGCGACCAUGAGUUCAGAGAGCACGGACUGCUGCCGUACAGCUGCGACUACUGUCCGAAGAGAUUCAACCACAAGACUCACCGCAACCUGCACGUGAAGGCGCGACACACCGGCGAGAAGACGUGCCACUGCGACAUCUGUGGGAAGGGCUACUCCUGCAUCAGUGUGCUGAAGACACACAGGAUACGCACUUUGACAAGACAUUCAUCUGUGAUGUCUGCGGGAAGGGCUUCUACCACGCCUGCCACCUGACACGCCACAGGCUGGUGCACCAGAAGGUGCGACCGUACCGCUGCUCCACUGCGGGAAAAGGCUUCACGCAGGCCGCCAACGCUGCGCAGCCACCAGCUGACCCACACUGGAGAGAGGCAGCUCUGCUCGAUCUGCGAAAGAGCUUCCGCUGCCUGAAGAACCAUGUCAUCAGCAAACACUCCCACGAGCUGCCGGCCGACGAGCUGCCGGCCGGAGACUCCAUCAUCAGCUGCGACGUCUGCGGCAAAAAGUUCCCCAACCCGUCGCAGUACCGGAUGCCACCAGAGGAGCCACACCGGGAGAAACCCUUCCACUGCGCAUCUGCGGCAAGAGCUACCGGCUGAAGGAGCUGCUGCGGGACCACCGGUACAACG